AUGUCCCGGCGCAAGCAGGCCAAGCCCCAGCACCUCAAGUCGGACGAGGAGCUGCCGCCGCCGGACGGGGCUCCCGAGCACGCCGUCCCCGGGGACGGGGCCGACGAUGGGGACAGUGGGAGCGAGGGCAGGAGUGGAAGUGAAGAGACAAACGUGUGCGAGAAGUGCUGUGCCGAGUUCUUCAAGUGGUCAGACUUCCUGGAGCACAAGAAGAGCUGCACGAAGAACCCGCUGGUGCUGAUAGUGAAUGAAGAUGAGCCAGCGCCGCCGUCCGAGGAGUUUCCAGAACCUUCCCCGGCCAGCUCUCCCAGCGACCAGACAGAGAGCGAGGUGGCCGAGGAACCGGCCCCCACGGAGAGCGGUGAGGGCGGUGAGGUGAGGGCCCCAGAGAAGGAGGAGGAGCCCAUGGAAGCCGAGCCCUCUGGAGACAAAGGCUUCCAGAACCCAGGCCCCUCGCACACAGGGAAGCCGCCUCUACCUCAGAUCCCUGAGCCAGCCCCGGUGGCCGCCUACGGCAUGCCAAACACCAACGUGACGCUGGAGACCCUCCUGAGCACCAAGGUGGCGGUGGCCCAGUUCUCCCAGAACGCCAGGGCCGCAGGCAGCGUGGGCUCUGGCGGCGGGGUGACAGCGGUCGCCAUCCCCAUGAUCCUGGAGCAGCUGAUGGCGCUGCAGCAGCAGCAGAUCCACCAGCUGCAGCUCAUCGAGCAGAUCCGCAGCCAGGUGGCCAUGAUGAACCGCCAGCCCCUGCGGCCGCCCCUGAACCCCACAGCCGCCUCCGGGGCUCCUGGCGCCCCGGUGCCCGCCACCAGCCAGCUCCAGGGGCUGGCCGCGCAUUCGGCCCUGCAGCUCUCGGGCGGGGCCCCCGCGGCGCCUGCAGCCCCCGGCCCCACCGCCCCGCCCGCCGCCUACGAGGCCGCCCCGCACCUGUCCCAGCCCGCCUCCGCCUCCGGGGCCAGCGCCCCGCACGCGCCCAGCGGGGGGCCCGCCGUCCCUGCUGAGGUGGGUGGCCCUGCGUCCUCCGGCGCGGCCCCGGCCACUGCCGCCCCAGCCCUGGCGGCCACCGGCUCGUCCGGCGGCAACUCCCAGCCGCAGAACGCCUCAACGCCCCCCGCCCUGGGGCCGGGGCCCCUCCUGGGCUCAGCGCCCGGCCUGCCAAACCCACUUCUACCUCAGACCUCCGCCAGCAGCGUCAUCUUCCCCAACCCGCUGGUGAGCAUUGCGGCCACCGCCAACGCGCUUGACCCCCUGUCGGCCCUCAUGAAGCACCGGAAGGGCAAGCCCCCAAACGUGUCGGUGUUCGAGCCCAAGGCCAACGCCGAGGACCCGUUCUUCAAGCACAAGUGCAGGUUCUGUGCCAAGGUGUUCGGGAGCGACAGCGCCCUGCAGAUCCACCUGCGCUCCCACACGGGGGAGAGGCCCUUCAAGUGCAACGUCUGCGGGAACCGCUUCUCCACCAAGGGCAACCUGAAGGUGCACUUUCAGAGGCACAAGGAGAAGUACCCACACAUCCAGAUGAACCCGUACCCCGUCCCAGAGUACCUGGACAACGUGCCCACCUGCUCCGGAAUCCCCUACGGGAUGUCGCUGCCUCCAGAGAAGCCGGUGACCACCUGGCUGGACAGCAAGCCCGUGUUGCCCACAGUGCCCACAUCGGUGGGGCUGCAGCUCCCGCCCACCAUCCCUGGCGUGGGCAGCUAUGUGGACUCGCCCAGCCUCACCCCUGCCAGCCGCUCCCCACAGCGGCCCUCGCCCACGUCGAGCGAAUGCACCUCUUUGUCCCCUGGCCUCAACAGCUCUGAGUCGGGCGUCCCUGGGACUGCCGAGUCCCCGCAGCCAGUGCUUGGUGGGUCUUCUCUGACCAAAACUGAGCCCGUGAGCCUGCCCGGCGCCAAUAGCAGGGCAGGGGACAUCCCUCCCAGUGGGCAGGCCUCCAGCACUGUGUCCACAGCGGCGGCAGCCCUCACAGACAGCAGCAUCUCCACGGGCCUCUGCAGCCCGGUCCUGCCAGCCAGCUCGGACCAGUUCAAGGCGAAGUUUCCCUUCGGGGGGCUGCUGGACUCCAUGCAGACGUCAGAGACCUCCAAGCUGCAACAGCUGGUGGAGAACAUCGACAAGAAGAUGACGGACCCCAACCAGUGCGUCAUCUGCCACCGCGUGCUGAGCUGUCAGAGCGCCCUGAAGAUGCACUACCGGACACACACGGGGGAGAGGCCGUUCAAGUGCAAGAUCUGCGGGCGUGCCUUCACCACCAAGGGCAACCUGAAGACACACUUCGGGGUGCACCGGGCCAAGCCACCCCUGCGCGUGCAGCACUCGUGCCCCAUCUGCCAGAAGAAGUUCACCAACGCCGUGGUGCUGCAGCAGCAUAUCCGCAUGCACAUGGGGGGGCAGAUUCCUAACACGCCACUGCCAGAGGGCUUCCAGGAUGCCAUGGACGCUGAGCUGCCUUACGACGACAAGGCGGCAGAGGCCCUCAGCGGCUACGAUGAUGACGCGGACGAGAACUCCAUGGAGGACGACGCCGAGCUACGGGAGCCGGCCAGCGACCCGCCCAAGCCACUCCUGGCCUACUCCGGCUCCUGCCCGCCCUCGCCACCCUCCGUCAUCUCCAGCAUCGCCGCCCUAGAGAACCAGAUGAAGAUGAUGGACUCGGUCAUGAGCUGCCCACAGCUCACCACCCUCAAGUCUGUGGAGAACGGGUCCGGCGAGAGCGACCACCUGAGCAAUGACUCGUCGUCAGCCGUGGGUGAUCUGGAGAGCCGGAGCGCGGGCAGCCCGGCGCUGUCUGAGUCCUCGUCCUCCAUGCACGCCCUGUCGCCAAUGAACAGCAACAGCGAGAGCUUGCCCUCCAAGUCCCCGGGCCUCAGCAACCAGGAGGAGCCCCCGGAGACGGCCCUAAAGACCGAGAGGCCGGACAGCCCUCCCCCCGCACCCGAAAACGGGGGUGCGCUGGACCUCACGGCGGCCCCGCCCGGCCGGCCAGCCAUCAAGGAGGAGGCCCCCUUUAGCCUGCUGUUCCUGAGCAGAGAACGGGGUAAGUGUCCCAGCACUGUGUGUCGUGUCUGUGGCAAGCCUUUUGCUUGCAGGAGCGCGUUGGAGAUCCACCACCGCAGCCACACUAAGGAGCGCCCGUUUCUCUGUGCGCUCUGCGGGCGCGGGUGCUCCACUAUGGGUAAUUUAAAACAGCACUUACUGACGCACACGUUGAGCGAGCCGCGUUCUCAGUCCUGUGACCCCGACUCUGCCCUAGGUCCCAGCCAAAGCACUCCUAGCCUGGUUGCCAGCUCCACGCCCACCCUGAUCAAAAUGGAAGUGAAUGGGCACAGCAAGGCCCUCGCGCUGGGCGAGGGCCCGCCUCUGCCAGCCACGGUGCAGGUGCCCCCAGGGCCUCAGGCGGUGAUGAGCCCCAGCCUCGCGCCCAUGCUGGCCCCCCCGCCACGCCGGACACCCAAGCAGCACAACUGCCAGUCAUGUGGGAAGACCUUCUCCUCGGCCAGCGCCCUCCAGAUUCACGAGCGUACACACACCGGGGAGAAGCCCUUCGGCUGCACCAUCUGCGGGAGGGCAUUCACCACGAAGGGCAACCUCAAGGUGCAUAUGGGCACGCACAUGUGGAAUAACGCCCCCGCACGGCGUGGCCGCCGCCUGUCCGUGGAAAACCCCAUGGCUCUGCUAGGUGGUGAUGCCCUCAAGUUCUCAGAAAUGUUCCAGAAGGACCUGGCGGCGCGAGCCAUGAAUGUAGACCCCAGCUUUUGGAACCAGUACGCUGCAGCCAUCACAAAUGGGCUGGCCAUGAAGAAUAACGAAAUCUCCGUCAUCCAGAACGGCGGCAUUCCCCAGCUCCCAGUAAGUCUCGGCGGAAGCGCCAUCCCCCCCUUGGGUUCUCUGGCCGCCGGAAUGGACAAAGCACGCACUGGCAGUAGUCCACCCAUCGUGGGUUUGGACAAAGCGAACUCCGAGACAGGAGCCAGCCGGCCGUUCACACGGUUUAUUGAAGAUAACAAGGAGAUUGGCAUUAACUAGGUGUGCACAAUCUCGGCCCAGCCGCUCCAUCCCAUGCGCACAGUGUCAAGUGCGACCGUCGGGCUGCACAGCCUCGGUCCCCAGUUACCCUUGAAAUUUUACCUGUAGCAGAAAAUACGUCCGCUGUGUGGCUGCUAGAAGGUGGUCUCAUACGCGCUGCAUGGUACAUCUUUCUGCAGUGAGCCUGACUGUUGUUGGGGACCCUGUGACCUUUGAAAUAAAUGUACGUCGAAAAGAUAAGUCCUUGUAAAACCACCUCCCACCUCGGGAAUAGAAAGGGCUCAAACCACAUCCACUUCGUUCCUCCCAAAACCUGAUAACCCCCGAGAGGGAGAGAGAGGGGUCCCUGUGGCGUUCCAGCGACCCUCACUCGAAGGUUUUGUCCGAAUUCCUUAGAAACUCGAACUCUGUUUUUAGACUAUUGAAGAUGUGGUCAGGUGCUGCCGGCGCGGUGUCUCACGGCCGUACCUUCAUCUGUAGUAUUUAUAAUGUUAAGAUUAUGCGGGUAACAGAUAAUACAGCCCCAACUUUAAAGGAAGCUUUUGUACUGCAGAAUACAUCUGGCUAUGUGAUUUUUUUUUUAAGUGGAAUUUGUUUUACUAUAAAUAAGUGCGUUAUUUCAAUGCAGGCAAAUUGUGAAGUCCCGCUGGGCAAGACCGCAUGCUUUCCUGUGCAAGUACCUGUCAGUGACGAGCCUUUCUGUUCCUUUUUAAAAAAAUUUUUUUUUUAAUUUAAAUGUUUGUAGCUGCUAUGUGGACAGUUGCUCUCUAGAGUGGUCUGUAGCCCAGCGAUGGGAAACAAGUUACAGACAAACAUCACCGUAAAUUAUUCACAACAUUAUAAGCGGUUGUGAGGAAAUAUUUCACGUUAUCGAAGUUGUACAAUAAAAAGGUAAUGUUUGUAUAAUGUGGUUGCAAACUCUUAAUUUAUACUAUUGCACUUUUAGUAUUUUGUAUUAGGGAGGUUUGUCUAUAAUUUGAAGACUUAAAAAAGAUGUAAAGUAUUUUAUAAAUAGUACUUUGAUUUAAGGAAAAUGAAAAAAAAAAAAACUGUUACAGUUUCUUGUUUUGUCCUAAGGUCAAACAAUAUGAGAAAUCUAUGUCACUUAAACAGAAAAGCCACCAGGACUUGUCUGUUCCUCAAUAAACUAGGGCCUGCCGUUUCUUAAAUUAAAAUGAUUUAUUUAACUUUUCUACAAAGCCCAUUUAAAAACCUGGAACCCCCCACCCCUUCACACAACCUUGAUGAAUCAAUCCUGGGCCUAUGGCACCGAGACGAGUGAACGGAGAGAAUGGGUGGGGCGCUUUCCUGCUCCCUUUCCCCUUCGGCCCCUGGCGAGAGCAUGACUGUCCCCCCGAGCUCGGGCUCUUGCGCACAGCACCCCCGGAGGCACUAUAUCUGGCCAUGGUGGCAGCCGGACCUGGGACAGUUUCUAAGUUCCCGGUUUAUUUAUUAUCUUCUCAGAUGAAAACAAAGCACAAUGUCCAGUGAUCUUUCAAAACACAGUGUGAAGCUGCUGACUUUGCUUAAACGGCCUGGCAUCAGGAAGGGGACCCUCGGCAGGGUGCGGGGCGUGGGGCGGGCUUGGAGCCCGUACGGGCAGUGUUGUGUGUUCUACCUCAUUUUGUGCGUUUGCAAACGUGCCAGAGCCCGAGACGGCGAGCUUCGUUCGACGGCAGCAUUCAGAGAGGCCGCGGUGCCCAUUGGCCUUCAAGGUGUGCGCCUGAAGCGGGAGCCGGACAGUGACACAUCUUCUUGGCUAAGACAGAAAAACAGGACAAUCUUCCCAACAUGACCACGGCAACAGUAAAGUCACAUCGUGCCACCGAACAGAACGGUUGUGCAGACUCCUCAAUCAGCAGAUUUCGUGGUCUCUUCCUGUUAGAGAUGAGCGCUGAGCUCUCCCACUCUGUCCCCACGGCCGGGAGGCCGUCCCUCCUCAUGGGAGCGGUGGGGGCUCAGGGCUGCUGCUCAUCAGCAGUGGAAUGUUUUUAUUAUUUAUGUGUCCUUCUUGCUGUGAUUUUGUUUUGGGUUUUUUUUUUUUUGGUGGGGGGCAGUUAGUAUUGGUACCAUGUAGUGUUCUCCUCCCAGAAGGAUGUGUAUAUAACUUAAAAAAAGAAAUGUAAAGUGUUGUAAAUAAGAUGGUUCAUGAAGGGACGGUGAGAUGCGCCCCCUUCUGUAUUCAGGACCAGGCUGUCCCUCUCUGCGUGGUGAAGAGAGACGCUAUUUUUCUACUGCAGCACCAUGUAGGGCCGGGACCCCGGAGCCAGCUGGCGUUCUUACCGAGAUCCAAUAUUUUUUAUGAUAAAUCUGUGGCUCGACACAUCUACUGAUUGAAAUGGAUGUCUUAGACUAGGUUACUAUUUUUGUCAUAUGGAAAUGAAUAAAAUGCAGGAUGUAAUAUGACUUCUGAAUU